AUGAAUGGUGGCAUGAUGCUGACGCCCAGUCCCUUCGAUCCAUCCCUGGAGGGUUCUGCACGCAUUUCCACAGGGCAUUCUUCGCUCGCCAUUUGGCUCUCCGAACUGGGCCUGCCUUUGUCGGAAAUUGAAAAGGUGAGUGUACAUGAGUUCGACCAAUCAGAUUUCCUCGAAUCAAUUACCAAGGAGGAUCUUUGGCGCAUUGGCCUCAAGUAA